AAAUUAGUGCGCGGUCCGUCAUACAAACACAUGGUCUUGCGUUUUCUCAAAGGCAACAUAUAUCUAAACAAGAUUUUUAUGUAUGAUUUUGCUGUUUAUAACCCGCUGGAAUGAAAGUUAAAGUGCUUUGCAGAAACCCGGACGAUUAUGUUCGAGAGACAACCAGAGAUAUACAGCGAGUACCCAGGAACUAUGACCCGACCCUGCACCCUUUUGAGGUGCCCAGAGAAUAUACCAGAGCCCUGAAUGCCACCAAACUGGAGAGGGUGUUUGCCAAACCUUUUGUGGCCUCGCUCGACGGGCACAGAGAUGGCAUCAGCUGCAUUAGCAAACACGCCAAAAGCCUGUCCACAGUCAUAUCUGGCGCCUGCGAUGGCGAGGUGAAAGUUUGGAAUCUUCCCAAGCGAGAGUGUACGAGGACGGUUCAGGCUCACGAAGGAUUUGUGCGAGGAAUCUGCUCCCGCUUCUGUGGCACCUCGUUUUUCACGGUAGGAGAUGAUAAAACUAUCAAACAGUGGAACAUGGAGGCUCCAGGAUAUGGAGUUCGGGAGGAACCAAUUAACACCAUUCUGGGGAAGGCGGUGUUCACUGGCAUUGACCACCACCAAAGGGAGGGCACGUUCGUUACCUGCGGGCAGACGGUGGAUAUCUGGGAUGAACAGAGAAGCAGCCCCGUCUUGUCCUUCAGCUGGGGUGUGGACAGUUUCAGCAGCGUUCGCUACAACCCUGUGGAGACUGACCUUCUCGCCAGCUGUGCAUCAGACAGAAGUAUUGUGUUGUAUGACACCAGAGAAUCUGCACCACUCAGAAAGGUUAUCAUGCAGCUGAGAAGCAAUACGCUUUGCUGGAACCCAAUGGAAGCAUAUUAUUUUACCUGCGCAAACGAAGACUACAACCUUUAUACAUAUGACAUAAGGAAUCUGGAUGUUCCUGUGACUGUCCACAUGGAUCAUGUAUCCGCUGUGCUGGAUGUGGAUUAUUCACCUACAGGGAGAGAGUUUGUAUCCGCCAGCUUUGACAAAACCGUCCGCAUCUUUCCUAAAGACAAAGGCCACAGCAGGGAGGUGUACCACACCAAACGUAUGCAGCACGUCAUCUGUGUGAAAUGGUCGGCUGACAGCAAAUUCAUCAUGAGCGGCUCAGACGAGAUGAACAUUCGCCUGUGGAAGGCCAACGCCUCGGAGAAGCUCGGAGUGCUUUCUACCCGAGAAAAGACUGCCGCAAACUACAACAAAAAGCUGAUACAGAAAUUCCAGCACCAUCCACAGGUGAGACGCAUUGCCCGCCAUCGCCACCUGCCCAGAGACGUCCUGAAGCAGAAGAGAGAGCUGAAGGAAAUGAAGGAAGCACGCCGCAGGAAGGAACAAAACGUCCGCAAACACAGCAAGCCAGGAUCUGUUCCCCUGCUGACAGAAAAGGAGAAACAUGUGGUGAAGGUUGUGGAGUAAGAGACCAAUUAAAGAGGUGCUUUCGGUGGAUGGGUUUUUGUUCUCCACACUCGGACAUGCUCCAGAAUAUUCCACCCUUUGGCCUCUUCUUUACUUCUAUACUAAGAUUAUGACCGUCAUAUAUACACACAGACUUUCGGUAUAUUGCAGGUUUCUGUUAAACACCCAUUUCUAAUUAAUUUUACAUGGACUCUGUACUAGAGUUGCUGUUGUUAGACUAUGAACAAUAAAAAAAAGUUUACUCUG